GGAGCCCUCUUCCCCAUGAGUGGAGGCUGGCCUGGCGGACAAGCCUGCCUCCCCGCCACUCAGAUGGCUCUGGACCUGGUUAAUAAGAGGGCCGACAUACUGCCGGACUACGAGCUGGAGCUGAUACACUAUGACAGUAUGUGUGAUCCAGGUGAGGCCACCAAGUUGCUGUAUGACCUUCUGUACACGGAGCCCAUUAAAAUUGUGCUGAUGCCAGGCUGCAGCUCUGUGUCAACGCUGGUGGCCGAGGCUUCUCGCAUGUGGAACCUCAUAGUGUUAUCGUACGGCUCCAGCUCCCCGGCUCUGUCCAACCGCCAGCGUUUUCCCACCUUCUUUCGCACUCAUCCGUCUGCCACGCUGCACAACCCCACUCGAGUGCAGCUUUUUCAGAAGUGGAAAUGGACCAAGAUUGCCACCAUUCAGCAAACAACAGAAGUUUUUACAUCAACUCUGGAUGAUCUGGAGCAGAGGGUGAAGGAGGCAGGGAUUGAAAUCAGCGUUCGUCAGAGCUUCCUCACCGACCCCGCUGUGGCUGUCAAAAACCUCAAGCGCCAAGAUGCCAGGAUAAUUGUUGGCCUGUUCUAUGAGACGGAGGCCAGGAAGGUUUUCUGUGAGGUGUACAAGGAGAAGCUGUAUGGCAAGAAGUAUGUUUGGUUCCUCAUCGGCUGGUACGCAGACAACUGGUUCAAGAUCAAGGACCCAUCCAUUAACUGUACUGUGGAGCAAAUGACAGAGGCAGUGGAGGGUCACGUGACCACUGAGAUUGUCAUGCUCAACCCGGAGACGGUGCGAGGAGCCUCCAACCUGACAUCUCAGGAAUUUCUAGCCCAGCUAAUGUCUAAACUUGGGGGUAAAAAUCCAGAGGAGACAGGUGGUUUCCAAGAGGCCCCCCUGGCCUACGAUGCUGUGUGGGCUCUAGCCCUGGCCCUCAACAAGACCGUGGGACCCCUAAAGGCCAAGGGUCACCGGCUAGAAGAUUUCAACUACAACAACAGAGAUAUAACAGCUGAGAUCUACCGAGCCAUGAACACCAGCUCCUUUGAAGGUGUUUCAGGCCAUGUUGUAUUUGAUGCUCAAGGGUCUAGGAUGGCCUGGACUCUGAUUGAACAGCUACAAGGAGGAAGCUAUAAGAAGAUUGGAUACUAUGACAGCACUAAAGGCAAUCUGUCCUGGUAUGGGAAUGACAAGUGGAUAGGCUCAGGACCCCCUGCAGACCAGACAGUGGUCAUUGAGGAGUUUCGCUACCUGUCCCAGAAGAUCUUUGUGUCUGUGUCUGUCUUUGCUGGGUUGGGAAUCCUGCUGGGAAUUGUCUGCCUCACCUUCAACAUCUACAACAGCAAUGUCAGGUACAUUCAGAACUCUCAGCCCUACCUUAACAACAUGACUGCAGUGGGCUGCAUGAUGGCUCUGGCUGCUGUCUUCCCUCUGGGCAUCGAUGGCCUUCAUGUCCACAGGAGGCAGUUCCCCGUCGUCUGCCAGUUUCGCCUGUGGCUACUCGGUCUGGGUUUUAGUCUCGCGUAUGGCAGCAUGUUCACCAAGAUCUGGUGGGUCCACACUGUCUUCACCAAAAAAGAAGAGAAGAAGGACAAGAGGAAGCACCUGGAACCAUGGAAACUCUAUGCUACUGUAGGUGUUCUGCUCAGCAUCGACAUCCUGUCUCUCAUGAUCUGGCAGAUUGUGGAUCCUUUACAUAUCACAGUGGAGAAAUUCACCAGAGAAGCCCCCAAAGGAGACCUGGAUGUUUUGAUCCAGCCUUUACUGGAGCACUGCAGCUCAGAAAAGAUGAACACCUGGCUGGGUGUGGUCUAUGGUUAUAAAGGUUUACUGCUGCUGCUCGGCAUCUUCCUGGCCUAUGAGACCAAGUCCAUCUCCACAGAGAAGAUCAAUGACCACCGAGCUGUGGGCAUGGCCAUCUAUAAUGUUUCUGUGCUGUGUAUGAUAACAGCUCCAGUCACCAUGAUCCUGUCCUCUCAGCAGGACGCCUCCUUCGCUUUUGCCUCCUUGGCCAUAGUCUUCUCGGUCUACAUCACCCUGGUGGUUCUGUUCGUCCCCAAGAUGCGGCGUCUGAUCACACGGGGCGAGUGGCAGUCUGAUGCCCAGGAGACCAUGAAGACCGGCUCUUCCACCAAUAACAAUGACGAGGAGAAGUCCAGACAGCUGGAGAGAGAGAACAUGGAGCUCCAGAAGAUCAUCCAGGAGAAAGAAGAGCGUGUGUCUGAACUAAGAAACCAGCUGUCUGAGCGACAGGCCCUGCGAUCAAGGAGAAGAGCGUCCACUGUCACCAAUCAGAACCACAGCUCCACAUCCCCUGUCAUUCCCCACAGCGACCCCAGGGCCCUGGCCCCUCCUCCAGGGUACCCCACCCCCAUCUCUGACCUCCACCCCAUGCCUCCGUCCUUCGGCAACUCGUCCAGCCUCUACCAGCCGGACAGCAAGAUCAGCCGAAAUAACUGCCACACCAGCCAUCUGCAGCUGCUGUACAAGUGA